CCUGCCUCGGCUUUCUGCGGUAGCUAGCUAGCUGUGCAUGAUGAUGGAGGAGGAAGAAUUUGAAUUUGCGGAGGAUUUGGAGGCUAUUUUGCACCUUACUCCAGAGGUGCAGUUGGCCAUCGAACAGGUAAUCAUGUGCUAAGAAGGAUAGUUUCUUAUCUACAAUGAAAAUGAUAGGCUGUAUUCAGGCAUGAGCUAGAUAGCUAGCUAACCUAACGUUAGCUGUGUUAUCCUAGUUAGCUACUAGCUAGCUACAUUAGGAUUGUCAGCUGUUUUAGCGAACUUUGCGUAUAGUUAGAUACGUUUUUUUCAAUACAUGUCAACAGUCAUCAUUGUCUUUGUGAAGUUUUGUAAUUCUAGCUAGCUUAGUUUUGUACAAAAACAUCACCCUCUCCUUUAAUAAAAGCCAUACAGGUUGCCACCCCCUUUCCUGUCAUCGAAACUCUGACACUUAGCUAGCUAGUUACAGUGUAACGAUAGAACAUUAUCUGAAAAUGUCAUUAGUGCAAUGCAUGAAAUCAGUCUUCUUUACGAAAUACAUGCUGUCAUGGUUGUUGAUUCUAAUUAAUUAGGAACACUGUUUACUAGGCUAGCUACAUAGAUAGUAACUAACUAUUAACCACUGUAUAGGCUAGCUGUUAAGCAAUGAAGAACCAACAAAGUAUUUAUUGAGUAAUAUUUAUAUGCCUCAGGUUUUCCCCAGUCAAGACCCAUUGGACAGAGCAGAUUUUAAUGCUGUGGAAUACAUCAAUACAUUGUUUCCCACUGAGCAGGUAAGACUGGAGUCCUUCACUUAACAGAAACUAAAGUCCUUUUAUGUUACACCAAGGCUCUAGUCUUGGGUAUUAAUUCGGAGUUCCUAAGCUAUAUAUUUCAUAUGUAUGUUGUUACAUGAUGAUAAAAAGUUAUAGUCUAGCAGCUGGCUGACACCAAACUCGAAGUCUUCCUGACUUCAGUCUGUAAAGGGACCCUAAAAACACGCCACUUAAAUACAGCUACGAAGUGACUUUUCUUAGCAGGUUAGGUGAGCAUUUUCCCUAACACUUUUCCUAACCUUAACCUAAUUAUCCUAACCUGCUGUGUAAGUUCUCCUAACCUGCUGCGUAAGUUCUCCUAACCUGCUUUGAAAAAGUAACUUACGGUCGUAGUUGUAUUGAAGUGGCGUGUUUAUAGGGAAUCUCAUCUGGAAAGGCUCCUUGAUGUUAUAGGCAUGAUCCAUCGAUUUACUGAUUGAGGGGAUUCGAUUAAGCUGGCGUGUGUUGAACCGGGCUAUGGCCUGCCACGUUACCGUGCAAAGCUGUUUAGGGAGGUGCGCCCUGCUUGUAUCGAACAGACCUUUGUUUUGGUAGGCCAUACACAUUUUAUUAAAUGUUUAACAGAUUAAUAUUUUUGAAAAGUGAGGCAAACAAGCAAACAUUUUUUUGUCAUGUUGUCAACAAGGCAGCAUGAUGCAUCGUUCAGAAACAUACAUCUCUUUUCCAUACAAUAUAUGUUCACAUUUUCUAACUAUUUUUCAUUGGUAAGGCAUUGGUAAAGCAUUUUUAUCAAAAGCAAUCACUUUUACAGUGGGGAGAACAAGUAUUUGAUACACUGCCGAUUUUGCAGGUUUUCCUACUUACAAAGCAUGUAGAGGUCUGUAAUUUUUAUCAUAGUUACACUUCAACUGCGAGAGACGGAAUCUAAAACACAAAUCCAGAAAAUCACAUUGUAUGAUUUUUAAGUAAUUAAUUUGCAUUUUAUUGCAUGACAUAAGUAUUUGAUACAUCAGAAAAGCAGAACUUAAUAUUUGGUACAGAAACCUUUGUUGGCAAUUACAGAGAUCAUGUGUUUCCUGUAGGUCUUGACCAGGUUUGCACACACUGCAGCAGGGAUUUUGGCCAUACAGACCUUCUCCAGAUCCUACAGGUUUCGGGACUUUCAGCUCCCUCCAAAGAUUUUCUAUUGGGUUCAGGUCUGGAGACUGGCUAGGCCACUCCAGGACCUUGAGAUGCUUCUUACAGAGCCACUCCUUAGUUGCCCUGGCUGUAUGUUUCAGGUCGUUGUCAUGCUGGAAGACCCAGCCAUGACCCAUCUUCAAUGCUCUUACUGAGGGAAGGAGGUUGUUGGCCAAAAUCUCGCGAUACAUGGCCCCAUCCAUCCUCCCCUCAAUACGGUGCAGUCGUCCUGUCCCCUUUGCAGAAAAGCAUCCCCAAAGAAUGACGUUUCCACCUCUAUGAUUCACGGUUGGGAUGGUGUUCUUGGGGUUGUACUCAUCCUUCUUCUUCCUCCAAACACGGCGAGUGGAGUUUAGACCAAAAAGCUCUAUUUUUGUCUCAUCAGACCACAUGACCUUCUCCCAUUCCUCUUCUGGAUCAUCCAGAUGGUCAUUGACAAACUUCAGACGGGCCUGGACAUGCGCUGGCUUGAGCAGGGGGACCUUGCGUGCGCUGCAGGAUUUUAAUUCAUGACGGCCUAGUGUGUUACUAAUGGUUUUCUUUGAGACUGUGGUCCCAGCUCUCUUCAGGUCAUUGACCAGGUCCUGCCGUGUAGUUCUGGGCUGCUCCCUCACCUUCCUCAUGAUCAUUGAUGCCCCACGAGGUGAGAUCUUGCAUGGAGCCCCAGACCGAGGGUGAUUGACCGUCAUCUUGAACUUGGGGAACCAUUUUCUAAUAAUUGCGCCAACAGUUGUUGCCUUCUCACCAAGCUGCUUGCCUAUUGUCCUGUAGCCCAUCCCAGCCUUGUGCAGGUCUACAAUUUUAUCCCUGAUGUCCUUACACAGCUCUCUGGUCUUGGCCAUAGUGGAGAGGUUGGAGUCUGUUUGAGUGUGUGGACAGGUGUCUUUUAUACAGGUAACAAGUUCAAACAGGUGCAGUUAAUACAGGUAAUGAGUGGAGAACAGGAGGGCUUCUUAAAGAAAAACGAACAGGUCUGUGAGAGCCGGAAUUCUUACUGGUUGGUAUGUGAUCAAAUACUUAUGUCAUGCAAUAAAAUGCAAAUGAAUUACUUAAAAAUCAUACAAUGUGAUUUUUCUGGAUUUUUGUUUUAGAUUCCGUCUCUCACAGUUGAAGUGUACCUAUGAUAAAAAUUACAGACCUCUACAUGCUUUGUAAGUAGGAAAACCUGCAAAAUCGGCAGUGUAUCAAAUACUUGUUCUCCCCACUGUACAUGUGAAAACACAGAAUCCUACUCAUUACGCCACAUGCUUAACCUAUGUCACUUUUGUUUUGAGCCGACUUCGCCGUCGGCCAGAAUGAGACACCUGGCUGAUGCCCGGGAGCCAGCCCAGUUCCAAACCGAAUGCAAUCAACGCUAACCCAGUUCACCCAUGGCAUGCCCGGGGUAUUAAUCAAAUCCCCUCAUUUGUUCUCUUCUGUGUCUUUCUCACUAAAACAGCCACAUCGGCCACACACAGCCCCGAUCGCCGACCCCUUCCAAUACAACCGUUGAAUUUUCAAAUCCAAACAAUGAUAGAUAAAACACAAAUAUAUUGUCAGAUACACCGGAUAGGUGCAGUGCAUUGUGUUCUUUUCACCCCCCCCCCCCAGGGAAAAUCCUCCAGGUCUCAACCCCCCUAGGGGGAAAAAAACUUUUGCGAGAACCAAUCAAGGUUCAAACAAAUUCUUGUGUGAAUAUGGCACCAACAAACUGACUUCUGUGCACAGGCCAGUGUCACAGCUGUCCCUCGCUAUGGACCACGUGAGUCUCGUCAGCCAGGCUUAAAAGGCCAUACAAAUGUAAAAAUCUGAAAAAUUGCACGAUCAUAGCAAAGAUAAUGUCCUCAAGCUACCAGUAAAGAGAUACACAACUUCCUCUUUGAUUAUGGCUGAACUAUCUCUUUUAGCCUCCCCACGAUGCUAAAAUCUCUUGAUUAGGUCGCUAAGUGUCGAAAUAACGAUGCUAUAGUAUUUUUAAAAAGUGUCUACUUAUUUUUCUUUUGUUGCUUGCUCAGCACACUUUUCAAAAAAUGAAAUUCAUUAAACAUUUAGUAAAAUGUGUAUGGCCUAGCAAAACAAAGGUCUGAUUGAUCUAGUCGAAAGUAAUUAUCAUGUUGACAUGCCCACUAGAUGGUGCUGCCUGCGUACCUUUGUAACAUUAGAAAAGGAUCCUUCAUCAUCCAAAUCAGUCCAUACAACUUGGUUUUGUGUGGGGAGUAGAUUUUGGUCAAUUCAUAAUCAUGAUACCCCUGUGUUUCCUCAUAGUCACUGGCUAAUAUAGAUGAUGUGGUCAACAAGAUCCGUCUGAAGAUUCGGUGAGUGACCUCACGUUGUAGUGUUUUGGUUGAAGUUUUUUUUAGAUGAGUUUGACAUAUUAUUAUUGUUUGUGUGUGUGUGUUUCAGGCGUCUGGAUGACAACAUCAGGACGGUGGUGAGAGGCCAGACCAACGUGGGCCAGGAUGGCAGACAGGUGAGGGAGGGGAACCUGUUGUUCUUGGUUAAUUUUCCUAGAAACUGCACCUGACUCUGUGUAAAUAUUUAGGUUGUUGGUUGUUAUUGAUGAGCUAAUUAAGAACUAAGUUGUGUGCAUGUGUCAGCGCAUGUGUGCAUGUUUGGAAGGGGGGUGGGGGUAAUGUGUGUGUGUGGCAGUGUUUUGUUAUGCUUGGCUUUAAGCACUGGGCUCAGCGACAGCAUGCUUUGACAGAUGAAUAGCAGUAGCAGCUUACUGUGAGACCCAGUAGGGCCUUUUGGUGGAGAGAGCGAGACAGGCAGCCAGCCAGUCAGUCUACACUGGCGGGCCCCCACAGAGGGUUGACUUUGGGGCAACAAGACUGUAGCAUGUUGCUGCUGCCUCAGUCUCACACUGACUGUACCACACCUGCUGUUUCUCACAUGCCAUCGCGCGCACACACACACACACACACACACACACAUCACCCCUCCAACAGACUGGUGAAUUGAGAUGAUGUUUUGCAACCUUUUCCCCAGGAUUACUCCUCCUAACCCGGACCAAUAUGUCGGUGCUCCUUUUUCUGUUUUUCUGUCUUCACUAAUGCCAUGGAAAAGGACAGGAUGAGUCAGAACCAUCUCAUUCCCUACUGUUAGAACUACUGCUGUCUUAAAGGAAAAGAUUACCCUUCAUUAUUCAGGGAUUACAUUUGGACCUGUGGUUUGGUGUCCCGCCGUUUCUCGUCUGAGAGCAUCGGGAAAAACCCUUGAUUUAACGCAGACUCUCGCUCUGUCAGGGAACUGUGGUUUUGAGGGGAACGUGACACCUGAUGGGGGAGCUGUUUCUGUGUGUGUGUGUGUGUGUGUGUUGUUGUUGUUGUUGUUGUUGCAUGUUUCUGGGAUGGUGGUCCGGUCCUGCUCUGUUACCACUGAAUUAUCGGAAGUGUUCUGGACAGAAUCCACUAACACAUUGGGGUUGGUAGGCACGGCAAGCAUACUGUACUGUACCGUUGGGUUUCUGGUCUGGUGGUCUCGUAGCUGAGGCCCACUGAACCAUCCACAUCUCCCACAGAGCUGAGGGAAAAUCCUAUCUGGAGACAGAAAUGUGGAGAGGUGUUCAUUACAGCCAGAGAUGGAAACUGAGAGAAGAGAGCAAGAGAAAAUGACUUAAAAAGUCGUUGGGUUGGGGCCACUUGAUUUAGCUCACCUGGGGCACUAGUUUGGUAGAGUGUGUCCGAAGGUGCCAAAUCCACUUCUUAAUUGAGCGCUAGGAUUUCCCUUGUAUUUAGUCUGUAGGGGCAACAGACUGGCAGUGAUCAGCAGAGCAGGGUGGGGAUGGAGAUGUCUGCUUCAGAUACCCAGGCCCAGUCCCCAAGGAAGGGGUGGAUGGAAUCAGAAUGCCAGGGAUAUUUGUAGCAGAUGGGGGAAUUUGGGUGUAUGUAGGUGGGGGUGGGUGCAUAUGAGUCUUAGAGCUAGGAGGGGGCUCUUUUGAUGUUGUUGUUUAUGAUUUGAAUGAAUUACACGCACACACACAUUUCAUUCCAUUCAGUCUCUUCUUUCUUGUCUAAGCAGUUCUGACUGGUUUGUUGUUGUUAGCCAGCUCUUCUACUAAGCAUCUGUCAAAAGCAGCUACAAGUGGUUUGUCUGUCCAGCCCAUCAUCAUGGUAACAUGGACCAGAAGGCCAAACAUGUCUCACUCUGGCUCACUGCAGUUUAAACUGCCUGAAUCCCAAGUAAACUCUAGUUGCUUCCAUUCCUCCCCAUUCUUUUUAGUCUUUACAGUCUCACAGUAAACCAUUUAUAUGUGAUUAAUAAGUCGCUCUCAGACAUACUGUUGUUCUCCUGAUUAUAAAACUUUGCAGCCAAAAUAAAAAUAGUAACUAUUUCUUCCCUGAGGAAAUUGAUUCAUUGUUCUCAACAAGCUUAUUGUGGGUGCAUGGAGUCAGUAUGGGAGAGUGAGUGGCGGAGGCUCUGUGUUGGGGGAGGGUGGGGCGCUUGCAUAGCUCAGUCACCAUAGCCAUUAUUCAGCUAUGAACCGUACCUUUCCCAUGUGCAGCUGGAUGUCCCCACAUGGUCAGUUCAGCUGUGGAGCUUUAUGGUCAUCAAUGAGGCAGCGGGUGGGGAUCCGGCCGGCCUGCAUGUGGAUGGGUUAUAGCUAUUGUGUGUGUGUGCUCAUGCCUGCGGAUGUCAUGUGUGCGCAUACAGAUGUCUUACGUGUGUGUGUUGCAGAUUUCUUACUGUAGCUCCUGGCAUCUGGAUGUACUUAUUAGGAACACUGAGACGGAAUGGGAACCUCCUUGAGAAGCAAACAUAACAUACAUGUUUAAUCUAAACUCAGGAAGGGAAGUUUACUGCUUCAAGUUGGGUUCUCUGCUCUUUUAUCUGCUGUGUAUCCCUUCCUGUCUUUUCUUUGUCUCUCACCUUAUUGUCUACUUACAUGGAAAUUCAUUUUGUGACCUCCGCAUACAAACACAACACUAUAUAUUACAUGCAGUAUGGAAAACUCUUGAUUACUCUCUUCCUCUCUCUCUCUCUUUCUUUCCCUCUCUCAUUUUUUGUUUGAUGUUCGUCUCAGUUGAUGUGUUGCCGUUGCCUUUUCCUCAAAACAAAAUGAACAUAUCCUUUAACACUGGGUUAAUGUGAUGGUUACCAUGUAAUUUGGACACAUGAGUGACCCACCCAACCACAGAAAUAGAAUGACUAGAAUGGACAUGCCCAAACAAAUCAAGCAUCCAGCUGUUUAUACUGGAUUCUCAAUGGCUUUGCCUUCUCCUGUAAUAUACCAGAACAUAUUUCUGUCCCUGUUAUUAUGGAGUACUUUGUGCAGAGAAUAGGCUACCUCAUGUGGCCUGUUUGAUUUAUAAACAAAUGUGUGUGAUUGUUCAGUCUGAUAAGAGCUUGGUACAUAUGAAGAAUGCCUCGUAUGCUGUUUAUUGCAUGUUCAAAAAGUCUUCAUUCACUAUGUACAACCUAGGCCUAAACUACAGGGUCUAUGGAUAGGAGGAAUGCGUGACUUGUCAUUGUGGGGUACAUCCACAGCUCUUCAUAUCUGUCAGUGGAAUGAAACCCCCCCUCUAACCGCCCCUGCCUUCCCCUCCUCCUCCAAAAAUCCCCAAAUGGAGUCCACAUGUGUGGCAGGCAGUGCUCUAUUUCUGCAGGGUUGAAAUGUGGCCUGUCCCCGUCUGGGACUGGGUUGGAACAGGGGAUGGAUGUGGGCGUAGUAGAGAGAGAUAGCGAUCUCAGCCAGGCAGAAGUGUGCUGGGCUGCGGUCUCCCCACUCCCUUCCCAAUGCUCAGACGCUUGGGCGAUUAGGCUAAAUGCAGGAAAUUAACGAGGAGAGGGGCCAGACAUGCUGGCUCACCGAGCAGCUUCUCCAGUCUAAUUCUUUAUCAGGGUCUUCAGGCUAUGGGCAAUACUCGGCAUGUGUGUAGGUUAUGUGUGUGUUCUUGGUAUUGGUUGUUUGAUUGGGCCUCAGGCUGUUAAGAAUGAGGGGCUUUGGAAUUAGUAUUCUGUUGGAUUCUUAAGGUGGUUAGAGAUAGUUUGUCUCUAGGGGCCUGUUUGAAUCAAAAGAACAUCCUCCCUCCCUCCCUCCCUGAGGUAAUCACAGACCUGAGAGGGUUGGAUUGGUGAAAAAAGUUAUGGUUGAGACCUUGCUUUCACUUAUUCAAUCAGGUAUAGAUCAGUCAAUGGUAAGCUCAAGGAAGUGAGGCGGAAAGGAAGCAUUUUGUAAAGUAUUCAAAGUAUGUUGAUGGUCCUGGCCAGUAGCAACCCUCAACAGGUCAUGAUCGACCAAGGUUCUCAGCUUCCUGCCCCUGACUUUCCUAUAUUUUUCCUGGUAACAGAUAGACUACAUGGUUACUAUCAGAGCCUGCCCUGCAUGCCCACUCGUUUAACUGAGAGGUGUGUCCACACCCAGGAAGUCUGCCUGUGACCUUGAGUCUGGCUCUGUGACCCUGUCAUCAUGCUAGGCCUCUAAACAGAAGAGAUGCUGCUUCCUGCAGAGACUAAAAGGAAUCCACCGCUGUCAACAACGCAGAUUGUGUGUGAGAGUGUAUGAGUAAGAGAGCGUGUGUGUGUGUGUGUGUUUGCCCUGUCUAUCCACUUGUGUUUUUGAAGAGCCUUGUAAAAGUGGUACAUUCCUUGGGCAGCUGGUGCCGGCUGUUAGGAUUCCAUCUGUGUGAGAGGGAGAGGAGAGCCCCCCCACACGCACACACAGACACUCCACGCUGGGACCAGUGUUGGGACCAGCUACCCCCAAUUACCCUGGCAUCGGAUGGCAGUGCCAAAGCCCAGCUGAGUGGCCUAAAAACAUUAGAUAGCAAUUAGUUUACUUAUUUGUGAAAGAAGCACCACUCUGCUCACCUCCACCCUGAUUGUUCCAAUAAUUAGUGGCCAAACACUAGUCACUAGGCCUACAUUUUGAGAGGGUUGGAGAUACAUACACUGCUCAAAAAAAUAAAGGGAACACUAAAAUAACACAUCCUAGAUCUGAAUGAAUGAAAUAAUCUUAUUAAAUACUUUUUUCUUUACAUAGUUGAAUGUGCUGACAACAAAAUCACACAAAUGAUCAAUGGAAAUCAAAUGUAUCAACCCAUGGAGGUCUGGAUUUGGAGUCACACUCAAAAUUAAAGUGGAAAACCACACUACAGGGUGAUCCAACUUUGAUGUAAUGUCCUUAAAACAAGUGAAAAUGAGGCUCAGUAGUGUGUGUGGCCUCCACGUGCCUGUAUGACCUCCCUACAACGCCUGGGCAUGCUCCUGAUGAGGUGGCGGAUGGUCUCCUGAGGGAUCUCCUCCCAGACCUGGACUAAAGCAUCCGCCAACUCCUGGACAGUCUGUGGUGCAACGUGGCGUUGGUGGAUGGAGCGAGACAUGAUGUCCCAGAUGUGCUCAAUUGGAUUCAGGUCUGGGGAACGGGCGGGCCAGUCCAUAGCAUCAAUGCCUUCCUCUUGCAGGAACUGCUGACACACUCCAGCCACAUGAGGUCUAGCAUUGUCUUGCAUUAGGAGGAACCCAGGGCCAACCGCACCAGCAUAUGGUCUCACAAGGGGUCUGAGGAUCUCAUCUCGGUACCUAAUGGCGGUCAGGCUACCUCUGGCGAGCACAUGGAGGGCUGUGCCACCCCACACCAUGACUGACCCACCGCCAAACCGGUCAUGCUGGAGGAUGUUGCAGGCAGCAGAACGUUCUCCACGGCGUCUCCAGACUCUGUCACGUCUGUCACGUGCUCAGUGUGAACCUGCUUUCAUCUGUGAAGAGCACAUGGCGCCAGUGGCGAAUUUGCCAAUCUUGGUGUUCUCUGGCAAAUGCCAAACGUCCUGCACGGUGUUGGGCUGUAAACACAAACCCAACCUGUGGACGUCGGGCCCUCAUACCACCCUCAUGGAGUCUGUUUCUGACUGUUUGAGCAGACACAUGCACAUUUGUGGCCUGCUGGAGGUCAUUUUGCAGGGCUCUGGCAGUGCUCCUCCUGCUCCUCCUUGCACAAAGGCGGAGGUAGCAGUCCUGCUGCUGGGUUGUUGCCCUCCUACGGCCUCCUCCACGUCUCCUGAUGUACUGGCCUGUCUCCUGGUAGCGCCUCCAUGCUCUGGACACUACGCUGACAGACACAGCAAACCUUCUUGCCACAGCUCGCAUUGAUGUGCCAUCCUGGAUGAGCUGCACUACCUGAGCCACUUGUGUGGGUUGUAGACUCCGUCUCAUGCUACCACUAGAGUGAAAGCACCGCCAGCAUUCAAUAGUGACCAAAACAUCAGCCAGGAAGCAUAGAAACUGAGAAGUGGUCUGUGGUCACCACCAGAAAACCAGUCCUUUAUUGGGGGUGUCUUGCUAAUUGCCUAUAAUUUCCACCUGUUGUCUAUUCCAUUUGCACAACAGCAUGUGAAAUUUAUUGUCAAUCAGUGUUGCUUCCUAAGUGGACAGUUUGAUUUCACAGAAGUGUGAUUGACUUGGAGUUACAUUGUGUUGUUUAAGUGUUCCCUUUAUUUUUUUGAGCAGUGUAUUUUGACCAGAGUUGCACUUUUUUUGACAUUUUGCUUGACACCCCUCUCUGAUGGGUCUCAUUGAUGCUGUCAUAAGCGAUGUUAUAACGCAUGUCAUGAGCAGGUCCUCUGGCUAUUCCACUAGCCAGUCAGUCAGUCUAUAACAUGGGUUGUUGGGGUUCAAAUGCAUGGCUAUUGGGUUGGGAAUGGGUAGUAGGAUAUCUCUCUCUGUGUGCAGCUGCUGGCAGUAGGGAGAGACCGCUCUUCUUACCGACUGGAAUGUGAGAGCAAACUGUGGGAGAGGUUUCUCAUCCCCACGCCGUUCCUUCUGGUUUCUCAUCAUGCCAUUUUGUUUGGUUUUCCAUCCCCCUGCUGAGGCGCCUAUAAAUACGACCUGACGAGGAAGAGAGGAGAAUAGCAUGACUCCAGAAUGUCCCUGGUUCUUCCUACUAAACAAUAUAUAGUGAUGGGGUUGAUUAGCCUGUAAUCUAGAAACCCAGAGCCAAAUUCUUGCGUGAACACCAGCCUCUAAAUAGCCUGGUCCCAGGUCUAUUUUUCUGUCUUGCCAACUCCUAUGGCCAUUGUCACGCCAAACAAACAGAUCCGGGACAAGGCUAGGGGAUGAUAGAGAAGUUGAAAGUAAUCCUUCUUGGCCUUAGUGCUAGAUGUCAACUACAUCCCACUCAAUGUCUAAAGAGAUGUCUGCCAGAAAGUAAACUUGUUUAGAGAGUGCUGGUACCUACAUUAUCUCUUUUCAAACCUGUCUCUCCUGUCUCUUCUUUCUCUCUCUCCCUCCCAGGCACUGGAGGAGGCCCAGGUAGCCAUCGGCCAGCUCUUUGGCAAAAUCAAAGACAUUAAGGACAAGGCUGAGAAAUCUGAGCAAAUGGUGAGUAAACAAACAAAACACAGCCAGACUCCCCCACAGGAGCCAUCUUGUCUACCCUGUCUAAAGCUUGAGGGUGCCCCUGUUUGUUUGUGUGUGUAUGACUGAGGGUGCCCCCUGGGGGACUCUGACAUCCUGUAGAGACAUACACUGUGCUGGUAUUAUAAGUGGAGGUAAUGCACCUGCUGUGUGUGGGUUGGUUCUUCUAUCCUUGUGCGGACCUAAAGUCCGAUAGUAAAACAAGGAGAAUUCUCCCUCUGAGGACAAAGGCUAUUUUAAGCUUAGGGUUAAGAGGUUUUGGGUUUGGGUUAAGGUUAGGGUUAGGGAAAAUAGGAUUUUGAAUGGAAAUGUAUUUUAGGUCCCCAUGAGGAUAGAAGAACAUAAUGUGCGUGCGGGGGGGGGGGGGGGGGGGGGUGUCACAGGAAGGCUGCUGGGCUGGGUGGAUAAAGAGGGAGAGAGGAACAAUGGAGAGGAACCCCUCCCUCAAUGGGUAUGUUGUAGCAAUUAUGUCUCAACUCAAACAGGUGUCUUAUUACUCUUUCUCUUCCAUCUCCCCUCCUCGCCCCCCCCCCUUCUGUCUGUCUCUCUCUCUCGCUGUCUCUCUCUCUUCUCUUCUCUCUCUCACUUUCUCGCUUUCUCUCGCUCUCUCGCUUUCUUUCUCUCUCUCUCUCUCUCUCUCUCUCUCGCUGUCUCUCUCUCUCUUCUCUUCUCUCUCUCGCUUUCUUUCCCUCUCUCUCUCCUCUCUCUCACCCCUCGUCUCCGUCUCUCUCACCCGUCUGCCCUCCCUCUCUCCCCCCUUCUAUCUCCUUUCUCUGUCCCUUCAUCCUCUCUCUCCCUCCUCUCUGCUCCUCACACUCUCUUCCUGGUCUCUCUCCCUCCUCUCCGCUCCUCACGCUCUCUUCCUGGUCUCUCUCCCUCCUCUCCGCUCCUCACUCUCUCCCACCCACCCACCCACCGCUCCCUCUUUCUCUAUCUCUCAGGUCAAGGAGAUAACGCGGGACAUCAAACAGCUGGACCAUGCUAAGCGUCACCUGACCACCUCCAUCACCACCCUCAACCACCUGCACAUGCUGGCUGGGGGCGUGGACUCUCUAGAGUGGGUACUCACAGUGCCACCUAUGGGCGUGGAGGAGAGGGUAAACUGUGGGCCGCAACCCAUAGUUUGAAAAGCACCAAUCUAGAAGUAUACAGGGAUUAAUCCUAAAUGAAAUACUUGUGGGCGACUCAGACUUUCUUGUAAUACAUGCAUUGAUGUCAAUGGAAGAUUUGUGUGAAAAUGUAGCUCUGUAUGUGCAUCUCGAGUUAGGAGUUGGCAAAUAGAAAGGAAUACAAAAGAUAAUUGGAAACCUUUGUGCACUGUUAAUGCCUCAAGCCAAGGUGCUGGGUUUGGCACAUAUACCAUUGACUACAUGCCCCGUGUAGCUCAGUUGGUAGAGCAUAGCGCUUGCAACACCAGGGUUGUGGGUUCGUUUCCCACGGGGGGACAGUAUGAAAAAAUGAAUGCACUCACUAACUGUAAGUCGCUCUGGAUAAGAGCGUCUGCUAAAUGACUUAAAUGUAAAUGUUGAAGUGGCUACUUGUAUGUGUAGCCACUAGACAGAACUCUAAGCUAGAACUGCAGGUGAUGUGUUCUGUGUGUGUCCCAGGGCCAUGACGAGGAAGAGGCAGUAUGGAGAGGUGGCUAACCUGCUACAGGGGGUGGUCAACGUGCUGGAACACUUCCACAAAUACAUGGGCAUCCCUCAGAUCAGACAGCUCUCAGAGAGGUAACCAUACACGCACGCAAAUGCACACACCCACGCACAUGCACACACACACAAUGCUCAAACACGGGCAACACAUUCCCUUUCUGAACUGACCAUAACUCUGUACCAGUAAUACUGUACGGAAACACUCAGUAUUUCAAACAAACACAGCUCCAACUUGCAAACCAACCACUGCAUGCAUGCCUCAUACUGUAUUUCCCAGUGACCUCAAUUUUCCUGUCAUUAUUGUAUUCAUUCCUAACUCCAGUUUUUUUUCUUGGUGCUCUCCUAAACUGUAGAGGCUGAAGCCAGCCCAGGCCUGUAGAGCCCAGAGGUAUUCUGUUGUGCUCAUCAGAAUCAGAUCCUGUUUUAUAUUUACUGAGGAGAGGAGGCUGCAGAAAUACACAGGAAAGAAAUGUACUGAAUAGGAACUCCUUUAUGCAGACAUUUUUUUCCACUGAGGGCUCGGGCUGUGCUUUCCUCCGGCUGGGUGUGUUUGAGAGAGUGUCUUUGUGUGUGUGUGUGUGUGUGUGUGUGUGUGUGUGUGUGUGUGUGUGUGUGUGUGUGUGUGUGUGUGUGUGUGUGUGUGUGUGUGUGUGUGUGUGUGUGUGUGUGUGUGUGUGUGUGCCAGAGAGGAAAAGUGUGUUUGAGAGAGUGAGAGUGUUUCUGUGUGUGUGUGUAUGCGUGUGUGGUCUUGUGUGUGUGAUUGAAAAAGUAGGCCUUUGUCCUCCCUCUUCUUUCCCCUUCACAGGAACAGUUCUGGGGUGUGUUAAGCACUAGUCCAGACCCAUACCAGAGUAAGGUCUGUGAUCAGCCCUCAACCCAGCUAGUCCCUGUGUCUCUCUGGCCGGGGGAGCUAGCUAGGCUAUCUGCUCUGUUUGCUUUGGAGUGGAUGAUAAAAACAAGAAUUUAGGAGAGUAAGGAAGUGUGUUUGUGUGUGUGUGUGUGGGAGGGGUCAUUUAAUGUUUUUUUCUUCCAUAAACUUUUAUGUUUAUCCAGACUUGUGUGUGUGUUUCCAAUGUCCAUCAAAGCCACCCACACACUCUCUGACCACACUGCUUUGUUAUCUGGAAAAGGGUAAAUGGGAAAUACGGAACACAGAGUCUUCAGAAGAAAUUGACAAACAUACGGAUGGAUGACCAGACAGAGGGACAGCUGUAGCGUGGGUCUGACUGAUUGUCAGGUGCAUCUGCAGGGCACUGCCUUCCCUGUGGCAUGGCAUCCAUCUUGUUUUAUUCUGGAAGGUCUUCUUGUUGCUCUAGGAUUGGACUCAAAAUGCCCCACCAGAUUCACUCUUCACAUUAGGCCAGUGGUUCUAGUUCUCACCAUGGAACUAUGUGCUGUACUGUGUGACCCAAUAAACACUUCUGGAAUUUCUCUGACCCAAUGAGUAAACAAAACCACUGGACCAAGUCAUGCCAGUUUUGCCACAGCCCGAAACCAGUCAGUCACAACUUACCAGUGGGUCCCUGUCAACCUAGCUACCAUUUGGGAAACCAUUUCAUUAUGAAAAUAUCUACUGUUAUGCUACACCAGCUCUAAACCCAGCUCCAGCUUUCAUGAUCAAUGUUUUCUCAAUGUUUCUCCACUGUUUGUGUUAUCCACAGGGUGAAAGCGGCCCAAAGCGAGCUGGGGACUCAGAUCCUUGCAGACUUCGAAGAGGCCUUCCCCACACAGGGGUCAAAGGUGAACUAUGAAUGCCUUGUGUGCUGUCAUAUGUGCUCCAUUAAACAAUUGUAUGUGUAUAUGUAUGACUAUACAUUAUAUAAUGUAUUUAAUGUAUUUUUUAAUUGUAUGUGUGUUAACCCAAGGUAUUUUGUGUGUGUACUCUAUAUCCCCAGAGGGCAGGGGGACCCAGUAAUGUUCUGAGGGAUGCCUGUCUGGUGGCCAACGUCUUGGACCCUCGCAUCAAACAGGAGAUCAUCAAGAAGUUCAUCAGACAGCACCUCUCUGAGUACAUGGUGCUCUUCCAGGAGAACCAGGAUGUAAGUUUGUUUAUUGUACUGCUAAGCAUUAAAGUAGAACUGACAGCGUUUUAGCAACAAAAUCUUAUUAAAAUCUGUUCAUGUACACCCCCAGGAAGAAUUUAAUUUUCUGACCAGCGAGCACUUAGAUAUGGUCAUUUUCACGUUUUCAUAAAUUAAUAGAAUGUUUGGGAAUGACGUAUAGAAAGGCAUUUGUGAAAAUUCUAUAGAAAUACAGUUGAAGUCGGAAGUUUACAUACACCUUAGCCAAAUACAUUUAAACUCAGUUUUUCACAAUUCCUGACAUUUAAUCCUAGUAAAAAUUCCCUGUCUUAGGUCAGUUAGGAUCACCACUUUAUUUUAAGAAUGUGAAAUGUCAGAAUAAUAGUAGAGAAUGAUUUAUUUCAGCUUGUAUUUCUUUCAGCACAUUCCCAGUGGAUUAGAAGUUUAUAUACACUCAAUUAGUAUUUGGUAGCAUUGCCUUUAAAUUGUUUAACUUGGGUCAAACGUUUCGGUUAGCCUUCCACAAGCUUCCUACAUUAAGUUGGGUGAAUUUUGGCCCAUUCCUCCUGACAGAGCUGGUGUAACUGAGUCAGGUUUGUAGGCCUCCUUGCUCGUACACGCUUUUUCAGUUCUGCCCACACAUUUUCUCUAUGAUUGAGGUCAGGGCUUUGUGAUGGCCACUCCAAUACCUUUACUUUGUUGUCCUUAAGCCAUUUUGCCACAACUUUGGAAGUAUGCUUGGGGUCAUUGUCCUUUUGGAAGACCAUUUGCGACCAAGCUUUAACUUCCUGACUGAUGUCUUGAGAUGUUGCUUCAAUAUAUCCACAUCAUUUUCCUUCCUCAUGAUGCCAUCUAUUUUGUGAAGUGCACCAGUCUCUCCUGCAGCAAAGCACCCCCACAGCAUGAUGCUGCCACCCCCAUGCUUCACGGUUGGGAUGGUGUUCUUCGGCUUGCAAGCACCCCCCUUUUCCUCCAAACAUAACGAUGGUCAUUAUGGCCAAACAGUUCUAUUUUGGUUUCAUCAGACCAGAGGACAUUUCUCCAAAAAGCACGAUCUUUGUCCCUAUGUGCAGUUGCAAACCAUAGUCUGGUUUUUUUAUGGCGGUUUUGGAGCAGUGGCUUCUUCCUUGCUGAGCGGCCUUUCAGGUUAUGUCGAUAUAGGACUCGUUUUACUGUGGAUAUAGAUAAUUUUGUACCUGUUUCCUCCAGCAUCUUCACAAGGUCCUUUGCUGUUAUUCUGGGAUUGAUUUGCACUUUUCGCACCAAAGUACGUUCAUCUCUAGGAGACAGAACGCGUCUCCUUCGUGAGCGGUAUGACAGCUGCGUGGUCCCAUGGUGUUGAUACUUGCGUACUAUUGUUUGUACAGAUGAAUGUGGUACCUUCAGGCGUUUGGAAAUUGCUCCCAAGGAUGAACCAGACUUGUGGAGGUCUACAAUUUCUCUUCUGAGGUCUUGGCUGAUUUCUUUUGAUUUUCCCAUGAUGUCAAGCAAAGAGGCACUGAGUUUGAAGGUAGGCCUUGAAAUACAUCCACAGAUACACCUCCAAUUGACUCGAAUUAUGUCAAUUAGCCUAUCAGAAGCUUCUAAAGCCAUGACAUCAUUUUCUGGAAUUUUCCGAGCUGUUUAAAGGCACAGUCAACUUAGUGUAUGUAAACUUCUGACCCACUGGAAUUGUGAUACAGUGAAUUAUAAGUGAAAUAAUCUGUCUGUAAACAAUUGUUGGAAAAAUUACUUGUGUCAUGCACAAAGUAAAUGUCCUAACUGACUUGCCAAAAUUACGGUUUGUCAACAAGAAAUUUGUGGAGUGGUUGAAAAACGAGUUUUAAUAACUCCAACCUAAGUGUAUGUAAACUUCCGACUUCAACUGUAUAGAGUGGAAAAGCGGCCGUGCGUUUGGACAAUUAAUAGACACUGCAGUAAAUAAAACCUAAUAAAAACAUCGGUCUUGUCCAUGACCGGAGUCUAUGCAUAACGGUGCGCCAUAGCCAAUCAGAGCUACAGUAGGCCUAUAUGCAAAUAAGCCAUUUGCCACAUGGGCCUGACAUUCACUUUGAACUGGACUGUGUGUUUACAGGGUGUAGCAACAGCGCAACUUCAGAUCAUUAGAACGCAUUUGCCAAAAGCAACAAAAUACACCUGAAUAGAUUUCUGCAAAUGUGUAAAUACCAUGGGUGUCCUCUUAUAUUAGGGAACUUCACACAUCCUAUUGAUCAAACAACCACGAAAAGGUAGGCUAUCUCUACCUCAGUUGCCUAUGCACAUCAACAAGAUCAACAACUAAUGCUAGCCAGAGCGAGAUGAGCUAAAAUCUAAUGAGGGAACAUUAGGUAAACCUUCUCAAACUUUUUAGCUAGUUGGCUGUCAAAAUUGCACUGAUUAACAUUUACAUUUACAUUUUAGUCAUUUAGCAGACGCUCUUAUCCAGAGCGACUUACAGUUAGUGAGUGCAUACAUUUUCCAUACAAUUAACACUGUUUGUACAGUACUUAUGCAUUUAAAAUGAUUUAUCUUCUGACAAACUUUUAAAAUAUGAAUGCAUCAUUUUCAUGCAUAGCAUUUGCUGCAUGACAAAAUAACUGAAACGUACAGUGGCUUAUAUCACAUUAACGUUCAGGUAAAAAAAUUUAUGUCAUCCAUUCAGAAUAAAAAACUAAUAUUUACACAUCCCCACCUGAGAGUUUGAGCAGUUUCGUUGUUCCAGGUAGGUUCUAUUUCAGUAGUACGCAUACUGAUCAUAACCUCGAUGGGGAAUAGUACCCUGCUCAUCCUUCUGCAGCUUGCCUGCCAAUGCAUGCUUUUUCCAACUCACGUUUUGACAACUGAUUGGGAACUUGAGAGAUCUUUGAUGAAAACCUGCUCCAGAGUGCUCAGGACCUCAGACUGGGGCGACGGUUCAACUUCCUACAGGAUAAUGACCCUAAGCACACAGCCAAGACAAUGCAUGAUUGGCUUCGGGACAGGUCUCUGAAUGUCCUUGAGUGGCCCAGCCAGAGCCCGGACUUGAACUCGAUCGAACAUCUCUGGAGAGACCUGAAAAUAGCUGCGCAGCGACGCUCCCCAUCAACCUGACACCUGAGCUUGAGAGGAUCUGCAGAGAAGAAUGGGAGAAAGUCCCCAAAUACAGGUGUGCCAAGCUUGUAGCGUCAUACCCAGGAAGACCCGAGGUUGUAAUCUGCCAAAGGUGCUUCAACAAAGUACUGAGGAAAGGGUCUGAAUACUUAUGUAAAUGUGAUAUUUCCUGUUUGCUUUGACCUUAUGGGGUAUUGUGUGUAGAUUGAUGAGGGGAAAAUAACAAUUUAAUCAAUUUUAGAAUAAGGCUGUAACGUAACAAAAUGUGGAAAAAGUCAAGGGGUCUGAAUACUUUCCCAAUGCACUAUAGAUGACGCAAUUAUUGACUCAUUUAUACUCGCUUGUGUGUCCUAUUGGGCCCUCGGGCCUUGUUUGACACGUGCGCUAGCCUAUUAGCCACGUUAUGACUGACUUGUGAUCAUUUCCCUUGCUAAUUUGAAUGUAUUGACAUUCCCAGCCUUAGUUACAGUCGUCCGUUUUUGUUGAAGAUACUGUAGAUUAUGGUCAUUUUUGUUGUUGUUUUUUUACAUCCCAGUAUUUCUUCCUUUGUAGAUCAUGUGAAUCAUGAUUGAGAUGUACAUUGACUGAUCUUUAAUAAUGCUAGUGUUGUGACAGUAUGUGGACCACCCACCUGUAAGUGUGUAUGUCCACUGGCCUGACUCAGGUAGCUUGGCUGGAUAAGAUUGACCGGCGCUACGCCUGGAUUAAGCGUCAGCUAGUGGAUUAUGAGGAGAAGUACGGACGCAUGUUCCCUGAAGAGUGGUGUAUGACCGAACGCAUCGCUGUGGAGUUCUGCCACAUCACCAGGUACACACACACACACACACACACACACACACACACACACACACACACACACACACACACACACACACACACACACACACACACACACACUCUGUGCUGGAAACUGUUGAGACAGCCAGUGCCUCACUGUCAACACAUUCUAUCAACUGUUGUAAUAGUUGUGCUCCUCUAUCAUCCCCUAAUAAAAAGUAUGAGCUGGAGCACACCCAGAUACAAUUAUUUUGUGUGGCGGAGCUGAUUAACGGCUAAUAAAAUGUAAGCUAUCAAAAAUAAAUAAAGAGAGUCGCACACUCUAUAUAUACACAGUACCAGUUAAAAGUUUGGACACACCUACUCAUUCCAGGGUUUUUCUUUAAUUUUACUAUUUUCUACAUUGUAAAAUAAUAGUGAAGACAUCGAAACUAUGAAAGAACACAUAUGGAAUCAUGUAGUAACCAAAAAAGUGUUAAACAAAUCAAAAUAGAUUUUAUAUUUGAGGUUCUUCAAAGUAGCCACCCUUUGCCUUGAUGACAGCUUUGCACACUCUUGGCAUUCUCUCAACCUGCUUCAUGAGGUAGUCACCUGGAAUGCAUUUCAAUUAACAGGUGUGCCUUGUUAAAAGUUAAUUUGUGGAAUUUCUUUCCUCCUUAAUGCGUUUGAGCCAAUCAGUUGUGUUGUGAGAAGGUUGGGGUGGGUGGGGGGGGUAGCCCUAUUUGGUAAAAGACCAAGUCCAUAUUAUGGCAAGAACAGCUCAAAUAAACAAAGAGAAAUGACAGUCCAUCAUUACUUUAAGACAUGAAGGUCAGUCAAUCUGGAAAAUUUCAAGAACUUUGAAAGUUUCUUCAGGUGCAGUCGCAAAAACCAUCAAGCGCUAUGAAGAAACUGGCUCUCAAUUGGACCGCCACAGGAAAGGAAGACCUAGAGUUACCUCUGCUGCAGAGGAUAAGUUCAUAAGAGUUAACUGCACCUCAGAUUGCAGCCCAAAUAAAUGCUUCACGGAUUUCAAGUAACAGACACAUCUCAACAUCAACUGUUCAGAGGAGACUGCGUGAAACAGGCCUUCAUGGUGAAAUUGCUGCAAAGAAACCACUACGAAAGGACACCAAUAAGGAGAAGAGACUUGCUUGGGCCAAGAAACACGAGCAAUGGACAUUAGACCGGUGGAAAUCUGUCCUUUGGUCUGAUGAGUCCAAAUUUGAGAUUUUUGGUUCCAACCGCCAUGUCUUUGUGAGACGCAGAGUAGGUGAAUGGAUGAUCUCCGCAUGUGUGGUUCCCACCGUGAAGCGUGUAGGAGGAGGUGUGAUGGUGUGAGGGUGCUUUGCUGGUGACACUGUCAAUUAUUUAUUUAGAAUUCAAACACUUAACCAGCAUGGCUACCACAGCAUUCUGCAGCGAUAUGCCAUCCCAUCUGAUUUGUGCUUAGUGGGACUAUCAUUUGUUUUUCAACAGGACAAUGACCCAACACACCUCCUCUCCUUCAAGACUGUUGGAAAAGCAUUCCAGAUUAAGCUGGUUGAGAGAAUGCCAAGAGUGUGCAAAGCUGUCAUCAAGGCAAAGGGGGGCUAUUUGAAGAAUAUAAAAUAUAUUUUGAUUUGUUUAACACAUUUUUGUUUACUACAUGACUCCAUAUGUGUUAUUUCAUAGUUUUGAUGUCUUCACUAUUAUUCUACAAUGUAGAAAAUAGUAAAAAUAAAGAAGAACCCUUGAAUGAGUAGGUGUGUCCAAACUUUUGACUGGUAGUGUGUGUGUGUGUGUGUGUGUAUAUAUAUAUAUAUAUAUAUAUAUAUAUAUAUAUAUAUAUAUAUAUAUAUAUAUAUAUAUAUAUAUAUAUAAUUUAUUUAUUUAUUACUGGAAGUUUAUAUAUAAACUCAGCAAAAAAAGAAACGUCCUCUCACUGUCAACUGCGUUUAUUUUCAGCAAACUUAACAUGUGUAAAUCCAGGCUCUGUCGUAGCCGGCUACGACCGGGAGACCCAUGGGGCGGCGCACAAUUGGCCCAGCGUCGUCCAGGGUAGGGGAGGGAAUGACCUUCAGGGAUGUAGCUCAGUUGGUAGAGCAUGGCGUUUGCAACGCCGGGAUUGUGGGUUCGAUUCCUACAGGGGGCCAGUAUGAAAAAUAAAAAUAAAUAAUGUAUGCACUCACUAACUGUAAGUCGCUCUGGAUAAGAGCGUCUGCUAAAUGACUAAAAAUGUAAAUAUUUGUAUGAACAUAACAAGAUUCAACAACUGAGACAUAAACUGAACAAGUUCCACAGACAUGUGACUAACAGAAAUUGGAAUAAUGUGUCCCUGAACAAAGGGGGGGUCAAAAUCAAAAGUAACAGUCAGUAUCUGGUGUGGCCACCAGCUGCAUUAAGUACUGCAGUGCAUCUCCUCCUCAUGGACUGCACCAGAUUUGCCAGUUCUUGCUGUGAGAUGUUACCCAACUCUUCCACCAAGGCACCUGCAAGUUCCCGGAUAUUUCUGGCGGGAAUGACCCUAGCCCUCACCCUCCGAUCCAACAGGUCCCAGUCGUGCUCAAUGGGAUUGAGAUCCGGGCUCUUCGCUGGCCAUGGCAGAACACUGACAUUCCUGUCUUGCAUGAAAUCACGCACAGAACAAGCAGUAUGGCUGGUGGCAUUGUCAUGCUGGAGGAUCAUGUCAGGAUGUCUUCCCUGUAACGCACAGCGUUGAUACUGCCUGCAAUGACAACAAGCUCAGUCUGAUGAUGCUGUGACACACCGCCCCAGACCAUGACGGACCCUCCACCUCCAAAUCGAUCCCGCUCCAGAGUACAGGCCUCAGUGUAACGCUCAUUCCUUCGACGAUAAACGCGAAUCCGACCAUCACCCCUGUUGAGACAAAACCGCGACUCGUCAGUGAAGAGCAGUUUUUGCCAUUCCUGUCUGGUCCAACAACUGUGGGUUUGUCCCCAUAGGCGACGUUGUUGCCGGUGAUGUCUGGUAAGGACCUGCCUUACAACAGACCUACAAGCCCUCAGUCCAGCCUCUCUCAGCCUAUUGCGGACAGUCUGAGCACUGAUGGAGGGAUUGUGCGUUCCUCGUGUAACUCGGGCAGUUGUUGUUGCUAUCCUGUACCUGUCCCGCAGGUGUGAUGUUCGGAUGUACCGAUCCUGUGCAGGUGUUGUUACAUGUGGUCUGCCACUGCGAGGACGAUCAGCUGUCCGUCCUGUCUCCCUGUAGCGCUGUCUUAGGCGUCUCACAGUACGGACAUUGCAAUUUAUUGCCCUGGCCACAUCUGCAGUCCUCAUGCCUCCUUGCAGCAUGCGUAAGGCACGUUCACACAGAUGAGCAGGGACCCUGGGCAUCUUUCUUUUGGAGUCAGUAGAAAGGCCGCUUUAGUGUCCUAAGUUUUCAUAAAUGUGACCUUAAUUGCCUACCGUCUGUAAGCUGUUAUUGUCUUAACGACCGUUCCACAGGUGCAUGUUCAUUAAUUGUUUAUGGUUCAUUGAACAAGCAUGGGAAACAGUGUUUAAACCCUUUACAAUGAAGAUCUGUGAAGUUAUUUGGAUUUUUACAAAUUAUCUUUGAAAGACAGGGUCCUGAAAAAGGGACGUUUCUUUUUUUUCCGAGGUUAUAUAGGAUGUGCGACUCUCUUUAUUUAUUUUGAUAGCUCCUCUAUCAUCCCAACACUAUUCUGUAGACAGUAGUCUUCAUUAGCCUACAUGAGCACUGAACUGCUAUCACAAUCAUUCAUGCUGCAAUGUGACGUGUUGAUGACCCUAUGUGUCUGUGUGUGUGUUUUUCUGUGUCUGUGUGUCAUCCAGGACGGAGCUGGCCAAAGUGAUGCGGACGCGGGCCAAAGAGAUUGAGGUCAAGCUUCUUCUGUUUGCCAUUCAGAGGACCACCAACUUCGAGGGGCUGCUCGCCAAGCGCUUCUCUGGGUGCACCCUUACCGACUGGUCCGGGGUUAGACGCGCGCACACACACACACACACACACACACACAGCCACCCCCAUCAUUGGGCCGUCAUUGCUGACUGUAUUGUUGUUUUCAGGUGAAGAAGCCUGAGACACCACUGGAGUCCACCAACCCUUUCCUGGAGGAUGAGGUUGGAGAAGACGUUUCAGAGAUGGAGGAGGAUCUGGAUAGGGUAAGACAUGUUUGAGAUUACCCUUUGACCUGUCUGGACUUCGACCUUGUUAGGCAUAGGCUGACCUUCUGAGGUCAUUUCCUGUGUCAUGGUGACUCAUGAUGGGAAUAUCUCUAGGAGGAUCUCGAUAGGACCUUUUUAAGGGAUGACUUUGGGGGGGAAAAUACUCAUCCCCAAAGAGAGAAAUCAUGAGUAGUAACUACAUCCUACAUUGUUGACCAUUUUCCGUUCCCCAGCCCAAGAAGCACAAGGCUCCUGACAACCCCUUCCAUGGCAUCAUUUCCAAGUGCUUCGAGCCUCACCUCUAUGUCUACAUCGAGUCUCAGGACAAGUGAGUGGUGUUGUAUGUGUGUGUGUGUGUGCGCGCGCUUGGAGAUCUGGCACAGAUUUGUGUGCCCAGAACAUUUCCUUUCUCUCUCUUCCCCCCCCCCCCCCCCCUUUACUUUUUAUCUUUCUCUUUCAUUCCUUCUCUUGUUUCUGUGUGUUUCUUUCUGUCUCUCUCUGCUGAGGCAGAAAUAGUUGCUAUUAGCUGCAUGACCACAGACGCUGAGAAAGAGGGAUUGAAAAGUGCUGCUGCGGCAGGUCGUUCUUCUCCUUCUCUUCCUCCCUCUCUCUUUACUCCUUCUCCGCUUUGUUUCUCUCUGUCUGUCUCUCUCUUUCCUCUCCCUCCCUCCCACCCCCCCCAGACGUGGGGUCUCCCCAGAAACAAGGCACUGUUCUGGUGCUUGUCUGUCUCGCGGCGGCCCCUAGUAUUGGAUCUCUGGAGUGUUUAGUGCUCAUCAGUCUGACUGGAGCUUACAUGAUCUGGCUAUGGCCUCCAUUCACAACAGACAUGGCCAGACGAUUCUACAUCAGGUGUUUCCAAAGCAGCGUGUCUCAAUGGAAUACAACAGGAGAGAGAAUAGUGACCUGAUUGUUCAUACAAAGUGGAUUUAGUUUCUGUCCUUGGCUUCAUUUCACAGUAACAGUGGGUGGGCAGGGGGUGAAGUACUAGACAUUAACAGCCGUAUAGACAUUGAAAUCAAAGGACAGUGAAGACAGCCGCAAUAGAGGGAGAAUCUCCUACCCUGUCUGUCUCUGCUAAUUUAUCAUCACUGAUGUGUGUGUUCGUUUAGGUGCAUGUGUGGCAGGUUGGCAUUUGUCAUGAAUAUUGCUCUGGAGGCAGCUCUGCAGAGGGGUCGCUAGCUGGUACAGCCACAAAACCUAACCCUAACCACACUGCUGACCCUAAUGCCAAACCCUAACCUUAAAUUAUUUUGACUUUGCCUAGUGUAAAUCGCUCAGUUCUGCCUCCAGGGCAAGAUUCAUGACAAUAAACGUCAAACUGCGUGUAUGUACUGGGGGUCAUCACUGAGCUGUGUGUGUUACUAUUCUCAGGAACCUGGGGGAGAUGAUUGACCGUUUCGUGUCAGACUUCCGGGCGCAGGGCCCCCCCAAGGCGGGCACGGAGGACGGUGGAGCGGUGCUGCCCAGCUGUGCUGACCUGUUUGUCUACUAUAAGAAGUGCAUGGUGCAGUGCUCUCAGCUCAGCACAGGGGAACCUAUGAUUGCCCUCACCACCAUCUUCCAGAAGUACCUCAGAGAGUAUGCCUGGAAGAUACUGUCUGGAAACCUGCCCAAGUAAUUUACUACAGCCUAGCCUAAUGAUAUGAUGAUCAGAUUUAUUUGUGAUGAUGUAGGUCUAGUGAUUAUUUAGUAAGCGUUUUUUAUUAAUGGCGCGCACAUACUGUGUUGGGCCCUAGAACCAGCAUGGCAAAUUGCAGUACUUCCCAGUACGGGUUCCAGAAGGUCACUGUGUACUCUGUUUUUCAUUCAAACCAUUUUUUGGGUGGUUUCUGGCUUUGCUAGGAAAAUAUUCUGACACAGGUGGCACUAUGACAACCAGUAUGAACUGUGGCCUACUAGGAGCUGGACUGGGACAAAUGCUUCUGUCAAAGCAAGAUUCAAAUUCUUAUGGAUGAUAUAUGCUUCAAUUCCCUUUUGAUGAAGGAAUCUGCCAAAGUUUGUUAAUUCAGAAGAGUGAUCCGUCAUUCUCCGGGGUUUGUUUGAUAAUUCAUGUGUUUAGUCGUCACUGUGUUUGAUCUUCUGGGUUUGCAUGUCAUGUGGUGCUGGAGAUGUUUACAUCGCGGUGAGGCCUAAUACUUCAUGAGCGAAAACAUCUUUGGCAACGCUGGCCACAUUAUAAGCCCUAUUAUUCACUGUGGUUGGUAGACACACGCACACACACAGACCUCUUGUGUGGUGUGAUGUGUUUGUAUUGUCUUGUGUAGUUUUAAAGGUGGCCCUUCUGGGGGUUGUAGCUGUGUUGUGGUUUUCCCAGAAGUUUCGGCUGUGGCGUUUUUAUUAGUGAGAGGGAGGCGGUUUAGCCAUGGUAACCCUGCCCCCCUGUCUGCGUCUGUGUUUAUGUCUCUGGCUGUGUCUCAAUGAUCCAAAACUUGCUUUGAAUUAUAAGCUAUAACUAGGGCCACGAGUUUCUCCUUGUCAGUUCACACUAGGUCCCAGAGUUUUCCCUUUAGAGCUCAUGUGAGCAGACUUCUGUCUCUAAUUCAUGAGAAAAAUAAGCUAGUUAAAACUAUUGAGACUCUCUCUCUCUCGGUCUCUCAGGACUAGCAGUAAUAGUGGAGGACUGACCAUCAAGAGUCUGCUGCAGGAGAAGGAGGGUUCAGAGGCUGCGAAGUUCACUGUAGAGGAGCUGUGUCUCAUCUGUAGCAUCCUCAGUACUGCAGAGUACUGUCUGGCCACCACACAGCAGGUUAGAGCACACACACACACACACACACACACACACACACACACUUAACGUUAAACAUAUUCUGUGUCUGUGUGUGUCAGUUGGAGGAGAAGCUGAAGGAGAAGGUGGAUAAGACCCUGGUGGAGAGAAUCAACCUGACUGGAGAGAUGGACACCUUCAGCAAGUACUCACCAAAUCCUAACCUUCACUAUUAGGGGCAACUUCUGCCAACACAAAAUAAUAAUUGGAUGAGAAGUCCAUGAAUGUAAACUCUCUCUCUGUCGAUCAGUGUGAUCUCCAACAGCAUCCAGUUGCUUGUUCAGGACCUGGAUGCUGCCUGUGACCCAGCUCUCACUGCCAUGAGCAAGGUGGGACACCCACUGCAUUCCUCUCUCCCUCUUUUCCUUACGCUGUCGUAUAAUAUUUUCACUUUCAACCAUUCUCUCACUGUCUCUCUUGGUCUCUCUCCCUCUAGAUGCCAUGGCAGAGUGUAGAGCAUGUAGGUGACCAGAGUCCCUACGUGACGUCAGUCAUCAUGCACAUCAAACAGAAUGUCCCCAUCAUCAGAGAUAACCUGGCCUCCACACGAAAAUACUUCACCCAGUUUUGCAUCAAGUUCACCAAGUGAGUUAUUUUCCUCUUCACUGUUCGUCAAUGUGUGUGAGGGAGAAUCCCAUUGACAAGAAAAUUGAUUUCGAGAUUUUAGAGGUAAUUGUCAGUUUUCAGAAAUGCUACAUUCUAUUUUUUUUUUACCCCUCAGCUCGUUUAUUCCUAAAUUCAUCAACCACCUGUUCAGGUGUAAGCCUAUCAGCAUGGUGGGGGCUGAACAGGUAAACCUACUUACCCUUUUAUUUCAUUAGCCUUUAUCUAAGUAGAGUUACGCUUACGGUCUUCGUAACAAUACAAACGUUUUGACAAUUGUUUGUUUGCUGCCUGUAGCUGAUAAUUCAGCUAGUUUUAUUGGUAACUUAGUUUUUUUUGUUCUGCUUUGUUCUUCAGCUUCUCCUGGACACCCACUCCCUGAAGACGGUGUUGUUGGAUCUGCCCUCUAUAGGGUCUCAGGUGGUCCGCAAGGCCCCAGCCAGCUACACCAAGAUAGUUGUGAAGGGGAUGACCCGCGCUGAGAUGAUCCUCAAGGUGAGCCCUGUGACGCUAAAGCGUAAUUCAGAGUCCACAGACGCCGAGACGCGAUAGUCCGGCGUCCCAUUGUGACAUAGAUAAGACCACCAUCCACGAGGGAUGCACAGCCCGACUGUGCAACUCCCCAAAAUUCCCAACCAACGCAGCUCCGCAAAACAAACCCUCUAUUCAUUUGAAUGUGUUAACAGUUGGAGAAAUUGCAUAAGCCGCACUGAGAAUUCGAAAAGUAUGAAAGCCAACAGUCCAAUAUUCUAGAACACUGCUAGGUGUAUGCGUACACAUACACAUUUUGGACAUGCAAAAAUGUUACACUACAACCAUGCUACAAUGUUACACUACAACCAUGCUACAAUGUUACACUACAACCAUGCUACAAUGUUACACUACAACCAUGCUACAAUGUUACACUACAACCAUGCUACAAUGUUUCUCUUUGACCAUGCUACACCGUUUCUGUACAACCACGCAACAAAGUUUCACUACAGCCACCUCUACCUAAUCCUACCACUUAAUUGACCCUAAAGCCUAACCUUAACCCACACCUCAAGGUUAAUCCUAACCGUAAACCAUGCAGAUCCUAGUCUUAACCUCUACCCUUUAAAUACACUGGCUUGGCUAAACAUGAUUAUAACCACUGUUCAUUCCUGUGUUUUGGCAUUAAACAAUAGGUAACAACAAUAAGACUAAAUACAGGCUAUUGUCUAAGUGUGUGCGGUUUGACCACAGAGCCAAGUAUGACCAUUGUCUGACUUGACCAGAUUAUCAAUUUACGUUUUAUUUUAGUUGAAUAACUGCUUGUCUACAGGCUAAUUCUUUCUCUUUAACCCCACUAAGGAAAGGGUUUUAUGACAAAGUUCCCAUUAAGUAGCUGAGGAAUAGGAGCUGAGCUGUGCCCCUGGGUUUUAAUGAGAGAGACAGGAGAGGAAGGCAGACUUUAAAACACACACACGGACAUGCACGAACGGACGCGCACACACAGUGUGUCGACCUGCUGGAGCCAAGAGAGGUGUAUGUGGUUAGGGAAUUUUAUGUUUUAUUUUACCUUUAUUUAACUAGGCAAGUCAGUUAAGAACAAAUUCUUAUUUACAAUGACGGCCUACACCGGCCAAACCCGGACGAAGCUGGGCCAAUUGUGCGCCGCCCUAUGGGACUCCCAAUCUGUCCGGUUGUGAUACAGCCUGGAAUCGAACCAGGGGGUCUGUAAUGACGCCUCAAGCACUGAGAUGCAGUGCCUUAGACCGCAGUGCCUUAGACCGCUGCGCCACUCGGAAUGCAGGCAUCCACGCGUAUGUUCACGCAAGCAAACACACACACUUUCGGGAAUGCUCACACUCAUCAGACACAUGUAUCCUUGGCUUGUCUCUUCUACAGAGUAAACAGUCUGUGAUUGGUCGACCUUGCCCCAGGGUUGGCCAAUAGAAUGCAGAAAGACAAUGGCACGCACCUGUCUUCUCAGACAAACCCCACCUGCCCUAGAGCCUAUCCCGUCACCCUACCCUAGUCCAGUUACCCUGCCCCCAAGGCUUGUGACCCAAUCCCAGAGGAAAUGUCCCUCACCCCCUUGUCUUCCUGACACACACACUUGACAGCCUGCCUAGAAGGAAGGCAGCCUUGAUGUCUGUCUAAUGGGCUUAAUGGUCUGUCUUAAUGGUCUGUCUUAAUGGUCAACCUGGGGUCUGCUCUAAUGGUCAGGCUGAUCUGUUUUAUUGGUCAGCCUUGGACCUGCUCUAAUCAUGCUACAUCAGCCACAGUCAUCAGAGCCAUUAGGACGUCAUCUAUUCUGACCACAACCAUUAGGACUACUGAAGAUACAAGCAUAGCCUCGUCUCCCUUUCUGUGUUUCUUGUCAAGGUCAUAUAUCAGAUGCUUUUAUACAAAGGGACUUCUAGUUACCAGACAUUCAGUAUAUGUGGCCCUUCUUCUCUGCUUGUGAGAUAAACUUCAAAGCAAUAAUUUGCCCUGAAUUACACAUCUUGCUUCACACAUUUCUUCUAUCAGCCAUUAAAGACCAUGCUUUAAAAUGUCCAACCGCCCGCCCAUAGCUCCUUGAAACAACUUCAGACAUUGAAAACUGUUUAGCGGCCUCUCCUCAGUGUCGUCACCUCUGGAGUGUCGACACCCGGGAGGUGUAUGGAUGGUUCCACAUGUGAAACACACAAGGCCGUUCGUCCUUAGAGGAAUGCCUUGAAUAUGUUUACAUACAUUCCCCUUUGUCUGCUGCCCAUUACUGUGUGUGUGUGUGUGGAAGGCCUUGAACCGACAUACAAGGCAUAUAGAGUUGUUCUCUUCGAUCUGGCGAGCAUUUCAGCCCUGGAGGUUGCGUGGUACCUAGGUGCCUCUUAGGUAAUUGUUUCCAUGUUGGGCCAAGCAGGGCCUACAGAUGCUGAAAGUCCAGAGAAAAUCAUAGCCUGUGUCCCAAAUGUUACCAUAUUUCCUAUGUAGUGCACCACUUUUCACCAGAGCCCUAGUCCUUAUCAAUCCAAACACAUACAGUGCCUUGCAAAAGUAUUCAUCCCCCUUGGCGUUUUUCCUAUUUUGUUGCAUUACAACCUUUUAAUUUAAAUUGAUUUUUAUUUGGAUUUAAUGUAAUGGACAUACACAAAAUAGUCCAAAUUGGUGAAGUGGAAUGAAAAAAAUUACUUAUCAAAAAAUUCUAAAAAAUAAAUAAGAUCUGGUGCAACCAAUUACCUUAAAAAGUCACAUAAUUAGUUAGAUUGCACACAGGUGGACUUUAUUUAAGUGUCACAUGAUCUGACACAUGAUCUCAGUGUAUAUAUAUACACCUGUUCUGAAAGGCCCCAGAGUCUGCAACACCACUAAGCAAGGGGCACCACCAAGCAAGCGGCACCAUGAAGAUCAAGGAGCUCUCCAAACAGGUCAGGGACGAAGUUGUGGAGAAGUACAGAUCAGGGUUGGGUUAUAAAAAAAUCUUUGAACAUCCCACGGAGCACCAUUAAAUCCAUUAUUAAAAGAUUUAAAGAAUAUGGCACCACAACAAACCUGCCAAGAGAGGGCCGCCCACCAAAUCUCACGGACCAGGCAAGGAGGGCAUUAAUCAGAGGCAACAAAGAGACCAAAGAUAACCCUGAAGGAGCUGCAAAGCUCCACAGCGGAGAUUUGGAGUAUCUGUCCAUAGGACCACUUUAAGCUGUACACUCCACAGAGCUGGGAAGAGUGGCCAGAAAAAAAGCCAUUGCUUAAAGAAAAAAAUAAGCAAACACGUUUGGUGUUUGCCUAAAGGCAUGUGGGAGACUCCCCAAACAUAUGGAAGAAGGUACUCUGGUCAGAUGAGACUAAAAUUUAGUUUUUUGGCCAUCAAGGAAAACUAUGUCUGGCGCAAACCCAACACCUCAUCGCCCCGAGAACACCGUCCCUGCAGUGAAGCAUCAUGCUAUGGGGAUGUUUUUCAUCUGCAAGGACUGGGAAACUGGUCAGAAUUGAAGGAAUGAUGGAUGGCACUAAAUAUAGGGAAAUUCUUGAGGGAAACCUGUUUCAGUCUUCCAAAGAUUUGAGACUGGGACGGAGGUUCACCUUCCAGCAGGACAAUGACCCUAAGCAUACUGCUAAAGCAACACUCGAGUGGUUUAAGGGGAAACAUUUACAUGUCUUGGAAUGGCCUAGUCAAAGUCCAGACCUCAAUCCAAUUGAGAAUCUGUGGUAUGACUUAAAGAUUGCUGUACACCAGCGGAACCCAUCCAACUUGAAGAAGCUGGAGCAGUUUUGCCUUGAAGAAUGGGCAUAAAUCCCAGUGAUUAAAUGUGCCAAGCUUAUAGAGACGUACCCCAAGAGACUUGCAGCUGUAAUUGCUGCAAGAGGUGGCUCUACAAAGUAUUGACUUUGGGUGGGUGAAUAGUUAUGAAGUGUUUUGCAUCGUCAAAGUGGUAGGCAUGUUGUGGAAAUCAAAUGAUACAAACCCCCCAAAAUCCAUUUUAAUUCCAGGUUGUAAGGCAACAAAAUAGGACAAAUGCCAAGGGGGUGAAUACUUUCGCAAGCAACUGUAGGUCAGUGUGGGGCCUCAGGCCAGUAUGGAUGGACUAUUCCUGGUCGAAUGUUUGUACGAUGUCCAUGGAUGAUAAAAGUAAAGGUUAUGGUGAUGAUUACUAUGUGAUAAAGUAGUUUAGACUGUUUGAGUAUAAUAGUUUCCAAGUGUAGACCUGUUCUGGUGAGUCUGUCUGUCUGACUAUGUCUGUAGGUUGUUUCUGUCUCUCAGGCUCAGGCAGUCCUCCUUGCCCCAUAAGACGUGGCUGUUUUCCACUCUCUCAGCCCUCUAGCCACCCACCCAACCCCGGCCCUCUCCCCCACCACCAGAGCGCUCUUCUGGGGAGUGGAAAUGCUUCAACACCCCUCCACCCCACCUCCUUUUAGCCUGGAUGUUUUUUCUUUAUUCUCUCGCUCUCUCUCUCCCCCCUUCUCCCUCCCUUUCUUUCUCUAGUUUUUACGAGCUAAUUAAAACACAGUCCCUCCAGGCUUUCCCUGGGCCUCCCUCCAGGACAGUUGCUAAGUAAAUCACUCAGUCCAGAGGGGAAGGAACCUCAAGAAUUCCAGACAAUCCGAAGCAUUCCAUGUCCCGUCUCUCCUCUCUUUGGUUUCGCUCUCUUAUACAGUGCCUUCGGAAAGUAUUCAGACCCCUUUUUUUCUCACAUUUUGUUAGGUUACAGCCUUAUUCUAAAAUAGAUUAAUCCACACACAAUACCCCAAUACCCCAUAAUGACAAAGCAAAAAAACAAGAUUUUUUAAUUUUGAAAAAUGUAUUAAAAAUAAAAAAUAGUAUUCAGACCCUUUACUCAGUACUUUGUUGAAGCACCUUGGGCAGCAAUUACAGCCUCGAGUCUUCUUGGGUAUGACGCUACAAGCUUGGCACACCUGUAUUUGGGGAGUUUACCCAUUCUUCUCUGCAGAUCCUCUCAAGCUCAAUCAGGUUGGAUGGAGAGCGAGCUGCACAGCUAUUUUCAGGUCUCUCCAGAGAUGUUAGAUCGGGUUCAAGUCUGGGCUCUGGCUGGGCCACUCAUGGAUAUUAAGAGAAUUGUCCAGAAGCUAUUCCUGUGUUGUCUUGUCUGUGUGCUUAGGGUCGUUGUCCUGUUGGAAGGUGAAACUUCGCUAGUCUGAGGUCCUGAGCACUCUGCAUCAGGUUUUCAUCAAGGAUCUCUCUCUACUUUGCUCAGUUUGUCUUUCCCUCGAUCCUGACUAGUCUCCCAGUCCCUGCCGCUGAAAAACAUCCCCACAGCAUGAUGCUGCCACCACCAUGCUUCACCGAAGGGAUGGUGCCAGGUUUCCUCCAGAAGUGACUCUUGGCAUUCAGGCCAAAGAGUUCAAUCUUGGUUUCAUCAGACCAGAAAAUCUUGUUUCUCGUGGUCUGAGAUUCUUUAGGUGCCUUUUGGCAAACUCCAAGCGGGCUGUCAUGUCCCUUUUACUGAGGAGUGGCUUCCAUCUGGCCACUCUGCCAAAAAGGCUUGAUUGGUGGAGUGCUGCAGAGAUUGUUGUCCUUCUGGAAGGUUCUCCCAUCUCCACAGAGGAACUCUGGAGCUCUGUCAGAGUGACUAUCGGGUUCUUGGUCACCUCCCUGACCAAGGCCCUUCUCCCCCGAUUGCUCAGUUUGGCCGGGUGGCCAGCUCUAGGAAGAGUCUUGGUGGUUCCAAACUUCUUCCAUUUAAGAAUGAUGGAGGCCACUGUGUUCUUGGGGACCUUCAAUGCUGCAGACAUUUUUUGGAACCCUUUCCCAGAUCUGUGCCUCAACACAAUCCUGUUUCGGAGCUCUACGGACAAUUGCUUCGACCUCAUGGCUUGGUUUUUGCUCUGACAUGCACGGUCAACUGUGGGACCUUAAAUAGACAGGUGGGUCUUUCCACAUCAUGUCCAAUCAAUUGAAUUGACCACAGGUAGACUCCAAUCAAGUUGUAGAAACAUCUCAAGGAUGGUCAAUGGAAAUAGGAUGCACCCCUGCUCAAUUUCGAGACUCAUAGCAAAGGGUCUGAAUACUUAUCAUGUAAGUAAGGUAUUUCUGUUUUUUUAUUUUUGAUACAUUAGCAAAUAUUUCAAAAAAACUGUUUUCUCUUUGUCAUUAUGGCGUAUUGUGUGUAGAUUGCUGAGUUUUUAAAUUUUAUUUAAACCAUUUUAGAAUAAGGCUGUAACGUAGCAAAAUGUAGAAAAAGUCAAGGGGUCUGAAUUUUUUCCGAAGACACUGUAUGUAUUCUGGCCCACACCCCUUAGGCACAGAGAGAGGACGGGAGGGAAAGGGAGAGGGGUUGUGUGUUGGUGAGUGAGAUAUGUUUUGGGUGGAGAAAAGGAGUGUUGGAGGGGGUGCAAUUCCCGAUUUUGAUUUAUUUUUUCAGUGGGAUCUGUCAACCAUGUUUGUCUGUCCACUCUGUAGCAAGCAACUACGAUCAGUCUCAAUGCUAUAUGAACCAGCUUUUCCUCUCUCCCUUGUUUCUCUCCUUCUCCCUAUCUCUCUCUUGAAAGCCAAAAAUAAAUCUAACCUAUUUCACAGUUUCUUUUUUUACUAAUCCCCAUUGCGAUUUGCCUAAACUUUCAAUCUCUCAUUAUAGCCCCAAAUAAUGACCAGUGAGGCUAAUUCCCAUCCACCCAUGCAUGGAGUACUUGGUGUGUAAAAAGAGUCGGGUCUCCUAAAUAUAGCCUUUUAGUAAUAUAGCCCAACAGUGGAGUCAGUGGUUGCAUCUGAAAUGGCUCCCUAUUCCCUAUAUAGUGCACUACUUUUGACCAAAUCCCAUAGGGCUCUUGUCAAAAGUAGUGCACUAUAUAGGGAAUAGAAUGCAAUUUUGGAUGUAGUCAGUGUAAUGUUGGGGCUUUGUUUGCAGCUUUAACCACUUGCACAAUGUCUGGUCUGAUAGUUGACUGACUCUGGGGCCUGUUUGUUUUUACGGGCCGCACACACUUACCAUGCACAUGCACACACACACAGAGUUUAUGAAUCUUGGUCGUUCCAUCAUAGCUCUUGGGAACGGGGGGGAUCUAAAAACCCCAUGCUGCGCUUCAGUAUUGAGAUGUGAAUGUAUGAGCAACCACUGAUGUCUCUACCCCCCCCACAGGUGGUCAUGGCCCCCCAUGAACCCGCCGUGGUUUUUGUGGAUAACUACAUCAAGCUCCUUGCUGAUGGGAACCCAGAGACCUUCCAGAAAACUCUGGAUAUGAAGGUAAGGGCCACUUCGGUGUGGUCCACGUGUUUUGUCUCUCUCAAUGAUGUCACCUGUUUUCAACCGUUAUUUCCUACUUCCUCUGGCUGUUGUCUUGUUCUCUCUUGUUGUUUCCUCUUGCAAUAACUGGUGUGUGUGUGUGUGUGUGUGUGUGUGUGUGUGUGUGUGUAGGGGUUGAAGCGCAGUGAGCAGAGCAGCAUGUUGGAGCUCUUCAGACAGAGGUUACCCACUCCACCAUCAGGGGCCGACGGAGGCCCCUCUCUCUCCUUCAGCACCCCCACCCCCGAGCAGGAGAACUCGCGCAUACGCAAACUGGAGAAGCUCAUCAAGAAGAGACUCUGA